AUGAACAACUGGUUAAGCGUUUUUAUGAUUCUUUUCUUUACAUAUGCCAGAGAAACAGAAUUAAUCUCCAUAGGGAGUUCUCUAUCAAUCAUACAAGAAAGUGACUGAAAAUUUUUCCAAGUCCAAGGUCUGAAUACUUCGUCUCUAUUUUUGUCAGUAACAGUUGCGUUUGAUCAGCCUCAGAACGCAGCACUUGCAGCGAGAAGCGGCUCCGUUCCGACGAUAUGGAAUGGAAAAAUUCAAGCUAAUUAUGUCGAUUAUGACAGCUGGUAUUUGGGCUCUUCAAUUCAUAAUUUAAUAAUCCAUCCUGAGAAAUAUAACGAGACUGCAUUAUACAUAGGCAUUUAUUCUCCAACAGGAGCUUCCUCGUACACUUUAAGCACUUCUCAGUCUGCCGAGCAUCCUUGUCCGAAUGACUGCUCAGGGCAAGGAACUUGCAACUUUGGAAAAUGCUAUUGCAAGGGUAACUUUAUAGGAAAAGACUGCAGUUUUAAAUCAACGCGACUUUUUACUAAUAAGUCUGUUUUUAUAACCUUAAAACCUAAGCAGCGAAAAUUUGUGACGUUCUACCAUGAUGAAACAGAUGUAGAAAUCGAAUUCAAGUCUUUUGACACCAACAUCACAAUUUAUACGAUGCCUUCACAUGGUUUUGACACUUUAUUGCCUUCAGCUUAUGAAUACAAAAGCAAAAUAUCUGGAUUCCAUGCCUUUUAUACGGUGGACUCAGGCAGCAAUUGAUACUUUGGCUUGAAUAACGAAAAUUUGAAGUCAACUAAUGUGAUAGUCACAGUAAAACUGAAGGAAUUUCAAGUUUAUGACAUAAUGAUGAUAAUCUACUGUUUGGCCGGAGCUGUAGCAGUGAUAAUUACAGCAAUUGUUGCUUGCAUUAUUUGGAAUCCAAGGAUUUUCCCUGGAGAUUACCCAGAGUGGUCGUUAGACUUGAAGUUGAUAAACAAAAACUUCCCAAAGAAACUUUAUAGCGAAACCCAUUCCACCUUCGAAAUUUUUACUUGUCCAAUAUGUUUGGUGAAUUUUUCUCCAAACGAUUACGUUAGAGAACUUCACUGCGGGCAUAUUUAUCAUGACAAUUGUAUUGAUCUGUGAUUCAAAGAUAACACUUAUUGCUGCUUAUGCAAGAAAGAUUGUAAACACAUUGAAAAAGCUGUAAUUUCAAAUACCCAAAGCUCCUCUGGCAGUGAAGAAUUGGAAGUUCAGGUAAUGGUAGAGCCUCAUAAUGGGGGAAAUCAUUCUGUUGUACAAGGAGGAAUAUAA